UCGGAAGCUGGUAUCUUGUUCUGGACUCAAGUGGAAGGGCUCGUAGGACAUAGGACCAAUAAGGACGCUAAACUGCCCACACCGGUUGAACGUCAUUGGUUGGCCUAGUGUGAAGAUACGUAUAAGUCGUAUUCGGAUUGGUAGAUAAAUCGUGUGAUAGAAAAGUCAGACAUCAAGGUCAUAACAAUUGGCGACGGGGUGGAGAAAAGUUUUCAACCCUCAACUUCAAGGCCAUAACAAUUGGCGACGGGGAUUUUGGCAACAGAGAAAUAAUAAUAAUACAAGUGGUGACUCAGAUUUUGGAAAUAAAUUAGCUGUAUAAUUGCCGGUGAUUUUUGGAGCUAAUAUUAUUGGCAAAAAAAUGUCGAUUUCUUUCGAAGAGUUGCGGUUAAUAUUACAGCACCAGCAGAAGAUGUUGGCCUUCCAACAACAGCUAUUUGAAACAGUUUUGGGCAGACUUUUCACUCAGCCAGAAAAUAAGAAAUCUAUAUAUCAUGCAGAUAAUGGUGCAGUAAUGGACAUUUCAGAAGCAUAUCCUGUGCAGGGUUCAAAUCCCUCUAUACCAGAAGGAAAACGUAAUAUUGGUAACGUGUCCAGCUCAGAGCAAGAAAAUAUUGUGCUAAAUGCACAUGAAGUUGUGACAAUAUCAGAUGAUCAGGAGCCAGAUCCUGUAGAUGAUGCCCAGAGUCCAGAAUCAAAUGAAACACUACUGGUACUGUCUAGCUGCGAAAAUAAACGUCAGCUUGAACAAAACUGUGGUCCACGUGCUAUUAGUCGAGAAAGCUAUAGUGACUCGUAUUCAGAAAAUAACUGGAGCAACACGAUGAACCAAAUUGCACCAGAUGUUACUCAAAAUCACCGGAAGACAGAAUUUUAUAUUCAGUCAAAUUAUCCCAUUUCUAAUGACAGUGUACCAGAUAUUGAUUCUCAGACUAAUGCAUAUGAUUUUGAUGAAACUUCUUGUAACAAUGAGGGAAAUAUGUCAGCUGAGUCGAAUGAUGGCCAAAAAUCUAAUUUAAUUCUGUUAGACGUUGACUUUCUUAAUGACUCGUUAUAUGCUAACGAGAUUCAUAAUGAAUUUGGAAGUAAUGACCUCAAGUCGAAGGUCGUUCAUCAUCAUCUAGCCAUUUUUAGUGGAUUCUCCAGUCAAUACGAGAAACAUGGGUUAAAUAAAGUGCUACUAGUUGUAAUUUGGAGCCAUAAGGACCCAACAUUAUUUCGAGGAGGAGGAGAAUGUUGGGGAAUUUAAAGUCACAUAUAAUUCUUUUUUUUAAUCAGAAUCUAAAGUUGGAAUUUUCAAAAAAAAGGGGGGAGGUGUUAUAUCCGGUGAAGAUUAAACUACAGGUAAAUUCCAAGGACUAUUCAUGGACUAAUAUUCUAUAAAUAUUCUUAUUGUAUAACUACUCAACAAUUACACUAUGGAUAUUUAUAUUCCUUUUAUGAUAAGCUUUAUUUUGAUCUAUAAUUUAUUAUUGUACGAUUUACGGUUCUUAAGUUAUGCUCAGUUUAUUAACUACUGCCUCCCACAUUCACAGCCACUUCUUGGGCUUAUUUGUGUACAAUAUUAUUUCCUAUUUUAUGGUACGUUGCGGUCUGUAUGAUUGAUAUAUAAACCAAGUAUGCCUGAAAUAAACGAUCUGCUCUGAUUCGGAAGCUGGUAUCUUGUUCUGGACUCAAGUGGAAGGGCUCGUAGGACAUAGGACCAAUAAGGACGCUAAACUGCCCACACCGGUUGAACGUCAUUGGUUGGCCUAGUGUGAAGAUACGUAUAAGUCGUAUUCGGAUUGGUAGAUAAAUCGUGUGAUAGAAAAGUCAGACAUCAAGGUCAUAACAAUUGGCGACGGGGUGGAGAAAAGUUUUCAACCCUCAACUUCAAGGCCAUAACAAUUGGCGACGGGGAUUUUGGCAACAGAGAAAUAAUAAUAAUACAAGUGGUGACUCAGAUUUUGGAAAUAAAUUAGCUGUAUAAUUGCCGGUGAUUUUUGGAGCUAAUAUUAUUGGCAAAAAAAUGUCGAUUUCUUUCGAAGAGUUGCGGUUAAUAUUACAGCACCAGCAGAAGAUGUUGGCCUUCCAACAACAGCUAUUUGAAACAGUUUUGGGCAGACUUUUCACUCAGCCAGAAAAUAAGAAAUCUAUAUAUCAUGCAGAUAAUGGUGCAGUAAUGGACAUUUCAGAAGCAUAUCCUGUGCAGGGUUCAAAUCCCUCUAUACCAGAAGGAAAACGUAAUAUUGGUAACGUGUCCAGCUCAGAGCAAGAAAAUAUUGUGCUAAAUGCACAUGAAGUUGUGACAAUAUCAGAUGAUCAGGAGCCAGAUCCUGUAGAUGAUGCCCAGAGUCCAGAAUCAAAUGAAACACUACUGGUACUGUCUAGCUGCGAAAAUAAACGUCAGCUUGAACAAAACUGUGGUCCACGUGCUAUUAGUCGAGAAAGCUAUAGUGACUCGUAUUCAGAAAAUAACUGGAGCAACACGAUGAACCAAAUUGCACCAGAUGUUACUCAAAAUCACCGGAAGACAGAAUUUUAUAUUCAGUCAAAUUAUCCCAUUUCUAAUGACAGUGUACCAGAUAUUGAUUCUCAGACUAAUGCAUAUGAUUUUGAUGAAACUUCUUGUAACAAUGAGGGAAAUAUGUCAGCUGAGUCGAAUGAUGGCCAAAAAUCUAAUUUAAUUCUGUUAGACGUUGACUUUCUUAAUGACUCGUUAUAUGCUAACGAGAUUCAUAAUGAAUUUGGAAGUAAUGACCUCAAGUCGAAGGUCGUUCAUCAUCAUCUAGCCAUUUUUAGUGGAUUCUCCAGUCAAUACGAGAAACAUGGGUUAAAUAAAGUGCUACUAGUUGUAAUUUGGAGCCAUAAGGACCCAACAUUAUUUCGAGGAGGAGGAGAAUGUUGGGGAAUUUAAAGUCACAUAUAAUUCUUUUUUUUAAUCAGAAUCUAAAGUUGGAAUUUUCAAAAAAAAGGGGGGAGGUGUUAUAUCCGGUGAAGAUUAAACUACAGGUAAAUUCCAAGGACUAUUCAUGGACUAAUAUUCUAUAAAUAUUCUUAUUGUAUAACUACUCAACAAUUACACUAUGGAUAUUUAUAUUCCUUUUAUGAUAAGCUUUAUUUUGAUCUAUAAUUUAUUAUUGUACGAUUUACGGUUCUUAAGUUAUGCUCAGUUUAUUAACUACUGCCUCCCACAUUCACAGCCACUUCUCGGGCUUAUUUGUGUACAAUAUUAUUUCCUAUUUUAUGGUACGUUGCGGUCUGUAUGAUUGAUAUAUAAACCAAGUAUGCCUGAAAUAAACGAUCUGCUCUGAUUCGG